UUUUUUUUAUCUUGCAAACUUUUGAUACAUUACAAUGUUGAAGUUAUUUGCAUUAUUUGUUUGCACCACAUUUGUUGUAACUCACUCUCGAGUUAUUCAACCAAACAGUGCCCAAACAAUACAUAACACUUGCUUAGAGACCCCAUAUUAUGACCAAUGUAUGAAGUACCUAACUGCUGACCCGAAAAGCUCCACCGCAGAUGUGAGUGGCUUAGCCCUAAUCAUGGUCGAUGCGAUAAAGAGCGAAGCAGAUAUUGGCUUAAACAAAAUCAAUCAACUUAUCGGAAGUAGUCCUGCCGAUCAAAAGGCAGCCCUUAAGUCAUGUGUGGAUCAAUACAAUGCAAUUAUCACAACUGAUGUUCCACAAGCAAUCCAAGGUUUGCAAAACCGAAACCCUAAGUUGGCAAUGGAUAGUGCAGUUGCCGCUUCUCAUGCAGUCGCUAUUUGUGACAAGGGCUUCUCUGGGAAAUCACCAAUCAAUACUGAAAACCUUGUUGUGAGUCAUGCAUCUACCAUAACAUCACAUAUUUGUAGACAGUUGGUUUUAGGUGGUGGUGGUUUAUAGUUAAUCAAAAUGUUUCAAUUAUUAUUCAAUAAAUCAAAAAUAUAUCUUAUAUAUAUUUCAUCUUUCUUUUACAUGUCACUACAUGAAGAAUGAUAAUGUCAAAUAUAACAUGUAAUC